AUUAAUUGAGGAAGAUUGAUGAGCAACAUGACGUCAGCCAACAGGAAAAGAGGUCGUGACAUAGAAGAGGAAUCCAGCGAAUUUAUGCCAUUGAGCAAGCGGAUCAACAAUCUUCAUAUCAAUGGUCUGUCUGGCCUGCGGGAAAGAGCAAUGGAAAGGAUGGAAACUGACGAUUGGGAAAGUGAGAAUUUUGUGCCAUCCCCAAGUUGUUCGGAGGUUUCCCAAAACUCAUCCGGGGAUACCUGUGGCUCCAGCCAAAGCAGUUUCACCACCGAAUACAGACCAGACUUAGAUGCCAUGUCAAAUCCUUUUUAUUAUGAGAGUAACAAAUUACUCUUUUCCUUGUACAUGGAACGUAUGCAAAGGAGGUUAAACCUUUAUUAGUAAGUGAAUAUGUUAUUGUUUCUAUCGUAACUGCGAAGCGCCUGCUUAACACUCGACGAUGUCUCCUUUUGCCAUUCCUCUAUGUGAUAUAGUUUGACCGUCUUCGAUCAUUUGCACUGAUCAUACAGAUUAUAAUAAAAGAUAUCAGCUAACUGCAAAGUAAAUAAAUUUGGAAGAGAUGGGGUUAAUGGAUGAUACAUCCUUAUUGUGCACAACUUUUAGGAUAUCAGGUAUUAUUUAUCAUAUAGUUCAUGAAAAUUUUUUGUAAAUGGAAACUUACAAAUGACUUCCCUGCGAUCCGUGUGUGAAGUUGUAGAACCAUUUGUAGAACUAAUUUAUCAUUAAUUUAUUUAAGUUCUUCGUGCUCCCCUAUCAUAUUAUAUUUCUAAUGAAUUAACGGUACAAUACACGGGAUUCUUAAAUUUUAAGUCGCAUGUAUGAAACAUUAGGAUAACAAAAUGAAGCAAAUAAAAGUUAUUUAGUAUAGU